AGUCUGGAUCUGUCAAACAAAGUGAGAUAAAGGAGAGCUGUGUUAAUGGUGUUUCUUGAAAUUUUGCAGUUGUGCUCGAUUAUUAAGCGAUAACAACCGGUUGUAUGAGUCGAUGAGAGUAGAUUCUCUGACGCCGUUCAAGUUGCGCAUGUCAGACUCAACGAUGGUCGUUUAAAAACGAGCGCGAGCUCACCACAGAAACACAGUCAUUUAGAACGCGCGAGUCGAAAAUCCGUUAUCAAGUGAUAAUUUUAGAAGAGUGCAUUUCCGAUUUGAUAAAAUCGGAAUAGUUUUUUUAUAAUUGUUUCAAUAAGGCUACACAGUGAACGCAAAAUCGAGUAAAUACGGCAAGACCAAGUCUGCCGCCAUGCAUGGAAUGAACUAUAUUGGUCGUUUCUUUCACAAUUUUAAAGAGUUUUAUAACGACAUCAAUGGGGCAACUUUAACGGGGGCUAUAGAUGUUAUCGUGGUGGAACAACAAGAUGGAAGUUACAACUGCAGCCCUUUUCACGUUCGAUUUGGAAAAUUGGGAGUGUUAAGAAGUAAAGAGAAGAUUGUUGAUAUUGAAAUUAAUGGAGAACCACAAGAGAUUCAUAUGAAAUUGGGCGAAAGUGGUGAGGCAUUCUUCGUUGAAACAAAUAGUCCGGAAACUGAAGAAAUCCCGGAUCAUUUAGCGACCUCCCCGAUUCCAAUUUCACAUUUAGAAGAACUUUAUAACGCUCAAGGACGUCGAAGAAAUAGUAUUAGUUUGGUUGAAGACAGCAAAGAGUUUGCGAAGAUUGAAAAUCAAGUUAAUGAUUAUACCAAGCGUAGAUACACCGCGGGAAAUGAUGAUGAACGUAAUAGAAAAAGAGAAUUCUUGGAAAGACAAAUUGUUCUUGGAAACAUCGAAGUUCGAGAACAAAGUACUGAAGAUUUAUCGCUCUCUAUGCAAUCUGCGAAGUUAACCAGUGAUGAUAUAACUACCAAAGAUGAUGUUUCUGAAACUAUAUUCCAUAUGGACAGUUUGGAUAUGGAUAGCAAAUCGGAGGAUAAAAACGAAGAAAUUUUACCUAAAAAGGAGUUAUUGAAUAAAGUUCAGUUACCCACCACUCCAAGUCAAGUUCAAAUUCAAAUUGAAAAUGAAGUUACUAGAAGUGGAAAUAAAAAGAAGAAGAGGAAGAAGUCUUUGAUGAAAAAGAAAAAUUCCCAAAGAAAAACUUCCGCCGUUAACGAACCUCAACAAGAAGGAGUGGGUGAAUCAGCUCAGGAAUCUUCCACUAGUGAUGUUAAAGGUGAAACUUCGUCCACCGAUAGAAGUUCUAUGGGAAGUGCACCAGAAGAAAUAGAACAGAAGGAAUUACCAAAAAUCGACACCGAUGCUAGUCCUUGUUCAAAUAAUAGUAGAAAAGUUCUAGAUCCAGAAUUUCAUUUCUUCAGCGACACCGAAUUAACAACUGGGCAAGAAGAUUCCAGACCGAAUACACCAAUUCACAUCGAAUCUGUUCAAUCAGAUACAGAAUUUGAAGUCCAAAAAAGCAAAGGGGGGAAAAAUGACAAUGAUUCAACUCAAAGCUGGGCUUGGGGUGAAUUCCCAGUUAAUGUUGAAGGAUCAACUGGAACAAGUGGAAGCACUCAACAAAUUGAUAAAGAGCAACAACACAACUCGAUGCUUAGCAGUAUGUUUUCGUUUAUGAAACAAACGAAAUAUAGGCAAAGAAAUAGUGCUAGUGAAGGAAUGUAUCUCGCCGAAUUAAGUUCUGGGGCUAUUGAUCCAAGUGUUGCUGCUUUGUAUUUCCAAGGAGCUAGACAAAAGAAAGAUGGAGAUAUGGAUUGCGAAUCAGGAAAUGGUCCAUCUUUAACUCAAAGCCCAAAUAGCGUCGAAGGAUCUAAAUCCAUUGACUCAGACUUUGAUGAUCCAAAAAUUGUUAAUUCAUAUUUCCAAGAUGUCGCUUUAUCAAUGUGCGGUUGGGAGCCUGAACCAAAUGAACGUAAUUUUAUUAAACACAUCGUUCCAUUCAGCGAUUUAUGCAACAAUCCGUCUCUACUUGAAUCCCCAAAUCUAGUCGUGCGACUUCGUAAUAAGUAUUACACGUGGAAAGUUGCAGCUCCUAUUAUUUCUAGUAUCGUCAUAUACCAAAGACCCCUACCACAACCAACUGUAGAUCAGUUAUGUAAUUUGCACAUGCCACAACCUUCAUCUGCGCAAGAAAAAGAACAAAAGGAGGAGAAACAACAGGAAAGUCGUUAUUCUUGGUUUAAAUGGGGACGGAGCAGGACUUCGCGGGAAACCACGCCCGCCUUGGAAAGCGUUCCAAUUGAAAUUGCUAAAGAAAUUAUCAAAGAUAAAGUAGAAGAUGAUAAGGACAAUCCUAAUACUUCAAUUGAUAUAGAAGCUAUUGAAGAAACAAGAUCGAACAGUUCAGGAAGUGAAACUGGAAAAGAUAUUUCUGAAGUAAAAAGUAUGACUGAACAAACCACUUCAACUUCUGUAGAAAAAUGCAGAAAAACUCUUAGGCUUACUUCUGAUCAAAUUGCACGUUUAAAUCUUCGAGAUGGAAUGAACGAGGUUGAAUUUAGCGUAACAACAGCUUAUCAAGGAACGACAAGAUGCAAGUGUCACCUUUAUAAAUGGAAAUGGGACGACAAAAUUGUUAUUUCCGAUAUUGACGGAACAAUAACAAAGUCUGAUGUUUUGGGACACAUUCUUCCAAUCGUUGGAAAAGAUUGGGCUCAAUCUGGAGUAGCUCAACUUUUCAAUAAAAUCAAAGAUAACGGCUAUAGGCUUUUGUAUUUAAGCGCAAGGGCGAUUGGUCAAGCGAGAUUAACUCGCGAAUAUUUGAAGUCAAUUCGUCAGGGUGAUUUAACAAUGCCAGAUGGACCGUUACUUUUGAAUCCAACCUCUUUAAUCACAGCUUUUCAUCGAGAAGUUAUUGAAAAGAAACCUGAACUGUUUAAAAUAAGCUGUUUAAGCGAUAUUCGUGCGCUGUUUCCAUCCGAUUCAAAUCCAUUUUAUGCUGGAUAUGGAAAUAGAAUCAAUGAUGUUUGGGCUUAUACAGCUGUUGGUAUUCCAAUUGUUCGUAUUUUUACAAUUAAUCCUAAAGGUGAACUCAAACACGAAUUGACUCAAACAUUCCAAUCUAGUUAUUCGAACAUGACAUAUAUUGUUGAUCAACUCUUUCCAUCAUUACCAGAGGAUGCAACAGAUUAUUCUCAAUUUGUUUAUUGGCGUGAGCCGCUAAUACUUUUGGAAGAGCUUGGCGAGGUUGCCUAAUUACCGUUUUUAAUAUUACCAGAUAUUGUUAGCUAAAGCAUUUACCAUUUGUAGAACUAGUAGUAUUUUAUCCUCAAAGCGUUUCAAUAGUGAUAAAAAUAUUAAAACGUACCCGUUGCGGUUAAGCUACCCACAGAAACCUCCGUUUUGAAAGAAUAAAAAAACUUAUAAAGCGAUUGUACUCCUUGCUUAUUGAUGAUGAUAGUCUUUGCUUGGUCCUCAAACGUAUAUAUCAUAUCUAUAUAUUAUAUUUUUUCUUAUUUAUUUUUUAUGUAUUGUAUUGAUUAUUUAAUAAUUGGGAUAUGAUUUUUUUGUUCAAACUUUUUAAUGGUAGGUUCAACGACAAUUUCUGUUGUAAACUUUUUCCCUCUAUUUUAUUAAUUAAUUAUUAAAGCAUAGCAUUUGGGAAGCUUUAAAUAUUCCCUUUUACCAUGAUAUUUUUAUGUGAUAUUUUUAUUGUAUUUCAGUUAUCUUUAUUGUGUAUUAGUAAAGGAUAGAUUAUUUUUCAUCCAUUUGGUUAUUUAUUUAACUUUCCGUUUAUUUGUGAUUGAUGGAUUGCUAUUGAUAGUGGAAUAAAGUAUUUGUCGUAUUUUA